AUGGUAGAGGAGGAGCGGGAGGAAGAGGAGAGACAAAGGCGGAUCAAGGCUGAGCGGACAGAACCACACAGUCGAGCCCUGCCUGAAUUCGCAGCCCCCACCUGUGGGAUCAUCGCCUCCCCCAUCGUGCAGGUGAGUGGGGAAGGAUUGCCCAUUCCCAGUGCUUGGCAGGCUGUGAGGAAGAGGAAGAUGCCCCGGGACACUGAGGCAGAGCAGGAGCUGAGCAUGGAGAGCAGGGAGGACAAACGCCCGCGGCAGAACCUGGUGGAAGAGGCCGUUUUGAGCGGCUCCACGGCGCAGGAAGGCAACGGGGAGGAAAAGGCCCGGAGAUGCCGCACGAGGAGGGGCUGCAAACGCAGAUGGCGGGGAUGUGAGGGGGAAAGAGCCAGCCUGGGCCGGGAAGGCGGCCGGAGAUGGAGCCAGAGCUUGGAGCUGGUGCUCCAUGAGCAGCUCCAUGAUGGGGAGAAGCCCCACACAUGUGGGGAGUGUGGGAAGAGCUUCAGGUGGAGCUCCCACCUGAUCCGGCACCAGAGGACCCACACUGGGGAACGGCCCUACGAGUGUGAUCAAUGCAGGAAGAGGUUUCAGACCAGCUCCAGUCUCCUCCAGCACCAGCGCACGCACACAGAGGAGAGGCCCUUCCGCUGCCCUGACUGCGGGCAGGGCUUCAGGCGAAACGCCCAUCUUGUCAUGCACCUGUGA